AUGGCGCCAAAGCCGCACCGAAGUGAGAAGAAACAAAAGAGAGCAGCACCACCUCCAGUCGCAUCCGAGGCGGCUAAAGCACCUCUAGCGACGACUGCCAAGGCAGAGGGCACUACGCCACGGGCCUUCAAGGUGCUGUGUUGCCGCAUUUCUUCAAACAAUUCCUUUUUUGGUUGUGUUUCUGCUGGAGGCGGCGUCACCAGUGGCAUCAGCGACCGCCAAGGCAUCAAGCGCUGCAGCAGCUCCAUGUGCAUCCAAGGAGUCAAGCGCAGCAGCACCGCCGAAAAGAUCGAAGGUGCUGUGUUGUUGCAUUUCUUCAACGAAUUCUUUUUUUGUGACCAGCCUGCGAAAAAGCAGAAGGUCAUCCAGUCGAAGGCAAUGCCGGCCAAGGGGUGCCCCGAAUGGAAUGCCAUCUACGACCUCAAGUUCGGCAAGCCAUUGACGGAGCUGAAGGACUGGCUGGUCGUUGGUGGGCGGUUCGACUUGGCGAAGAUCCCGCAGAAGCUGCAGAGGAAGAUCGCCAUCAUCAACUGCCAGAACAGAGAGGAAUGCGAUUCGCACCGCCAACAGUGCGAAGGACUGGGCAUUCCGUUCCUGGCCAUGAACCCCAACUUUCAUCGGCCUCUGGAGAAGUGGGCGGCUCUCUUCCGCAGUGUGCGGGGCAUCGUCGAGAACGGCCGCAAGACCAUUGUCGUGGUGUGCAAUGGGGGCCGCCACAGAUCAGCAGCAGUGGCGUGCGCCCUGUUGGUGCUGACCGAUGGACUCUCUGUGGAAGCGGCGGAAGAGUACAUCUUUCAGCGCCGCGCGUGGGCAGAGCCGUGGGAGACGAGAUGGUUCGUUGAGUGGUGCGAGCACAACAAGGAGCAGCUGUGGGUUCCAAAGAAAAGGGGAGGUUGA